UUGUGGCAACCCUACAGGCGAUGGUAAACAACGGAUUGUAAGGUGAAGAGUGAAAGUGAUUUUACAUUCGAAAACUAAUUGUAAAUAAAAACUAGGUACCCAUUUCACUGAAAUUUGGCAAGUAAAAGAGAUAAUAUUAUGUAAAAAUUAAACUGAAAUACCAAAUAUGAAAUGCUGAACGAGAGCAAAUUCACUUUCCUGGGAUUAUACACUUUGCCGUGCAGUUUUUUCAAUCCCAUGAUUCGUCGGUGUUCCAAUAUGUCGCGUGCUGAAUAAGAGAAAGCUAUUAAAUUUUCUGGCCAUGAAAUCCACUCCAUCAUGCAUGAAUGAAGUGGUUUGGCCUGACCGACCACAUGAAGUGCUGACCAACGGCCAUCCCGAGAUGAGUGGGGUUCAGUCUGUGAGACACAUAGCCACCCGGUCACAGGAUGAUGCCAUGGUGGGCUAUUUUUUUCAGCGUCCGCAGACUGACCCCGAUUUUCAAAAUUAUGCGAAACAGUCAAGAUGGGCCCUUGGCGAUGACUCUGUUUUAGAGGUACGUGGCAGUGACAACUCUGAAUUGGAGAGUGACUUUCAAGCAUUAGCUUUAGAGACAGGACAUCCUUCUUUAGAAUAUUCACCGGCUGCAAAAAAAUUGUGGGGUGUUGAAGACACAAAACAAGAUGAGAGUAAAGGAAUCUUAUUUGGUGACCAAUGGCGGGAUGCUGCUUGGAGUACUGGACACAAUAGUGCAUCAGACACUGGAGGACUUGGUGUUAAAAUGGUUGAAUAUGUUCUGGGUAGUUCUCCUACCUCAAAAGAUCUGGAUAAUCGAAUGGCAAGAAUGCACCAUCUUGGCAUGAAUUCAAGCGAUAAUCCUGAAAAACUAAAAAAGCUAAAAUCUAUAUCUUUUGAUGGAGAAUUGAAAGGAAAAGAGCAAGAAGGAAGUGGUGUAAUUCACCAAUCUAAUGGAAUUCUUCAAAAUGGUUUGAGUGACGACAGUGGAUACCACCAUUCAAACAGUCGACAGUCUUCUCCAAGUGAAGACAUUGGUAGCAAGAAGCAUAUAUUAAAUGAAAAAAUGCCAAAGCAUAGUGAACAAAUGAUGCCCCAGUCUUCUGGAGCUAAUAUGCAAUCGGGUGGCACUUCAUUGGGUGGACUAGAUCAAGGUUUUGAGGGAGUGUCCAUGGACCAACUUCAAUUUGAUUAUUCUUCAGCUUUUAUGCCUAACAUGGAUUCUCCUAACAUGGAUUACACUAAUCAAAUGACAUCUAGGAAGAUGGUUCUUAACAGAGGUGAUGAAAAGUUCGGUUCUAAUUUCUCUUGUCAAGACCCUCAGCAUUUUUUUAUGGAGCUUUAUUCAAGAGCUCAAGGUCAACCCAUGCCUGUGAUGGGCCAGCAGCAAUUUCCAAUGCAGCAGCAAGGUCAGAUGCAAGCAGCUAAUCCAGCUGCAUCUCCAGCACCAUUCGCUUCCAGCCCAUAUGUUAUGAAUCAAGAUCCUUAUGCUGCUGCUGCUUCAAUGGGGACUAUCAUGCCUGGCCCAAUGAUGACUCAGUAUUAUGGUGUACCUCCUUGGGGUAUGUUCCCAACUCCAGCUGGAAUGGUUCAGGGUGGCCAAGGUCAAACUCCUAAUACUCAACAACAGUUAAUGCGUGGUGGCGGUGCUAGGCCUAUGACUCCUCAAGGCCCAGGUGCCGAUACCAUGACACAAGGGGGUGGUGGAAUGCCUCAGAGUAUGCAAGGACCUGGUGGACAAUAUCAAAUGGUUGCACCUUCUUACUAUGAAAAUGGCUCAGUUAUGAUGGGAAAUGCUCGAGGAAUGGGUACUGCUAUGAGGUUAAUGCCCCCUGUCAUUGUGAAUCCUGCUGCUGCUUCUAACAGCACUCCUGGAACUAUGGGAAGUGGUGGUUUACGCUUACUAGGUUCUCAAGCUCAACAGAAUCCUGCAGCAAGUCUUUUUAAUAGUGGCACACCUAAUAGUAACACAAUUUAUUCUUCUCCUGCUAACUCAAAUAUGACUUUUAAUCAUCCCACCUCUGGGCUAGGUUUCUCUGGAACUAACGGUAGUCAAUUAGGUUACGGAUCUGGAUUAGGACUAGGUCCUGCUCAACCUCAAAGCACAAUGGGAUAUGGAUCAAAUUCAAUGGGACCCAUUGGAGCAUCACUUAGUGCUAUUGGAACUAGCAUUGGUGGAACUGCUGGCUCACCAAGACGAGACUCAUUUGACCGAAGGGAUGGUACAUCUCUUGGAACUAUGGCCGGAUCUGGUUUCUCUGGUGGAUUAGAAAGUCAGUUGUCUAGACAAAUGACUCAACAGAAAGGCAACCAAUUUUAUGGUCCCCUUGGUUCUGUGACUGCAUCUGGUCCUGGUCCUAUCGGCAUGAUGCCACCAAGCCAAAGUCUUACACCACCUCCUCAAUCCUUGAAUGGCGGCUCACUUGGAAACUUAAACCUUGGUACUUUAGGUGGCAGAAUAUUAUCUGCAGCACCAGGAGCUGAAGCCAAAUAUAUGAUUAGAAAUGGGCCUUUAGGAAAUAAUGUAUUUAAUUCUUCAAAUACACUAUUUCCGAACAGAACAUUACAGAGAAGCUCUAGUUUAGAAAAACCUUCUGGUCGCAGUAGGCUGUUAGAAGACUUUAGAAAUAACCGUUAUCCUAAUCUGCAAUUAAGAGAUUUAUCAAACCACAUAGUUGAAUUUUCACAAGAUCAACAUGGCUCAAGGUUCAUUCAGCAAAAGCUAGAAAGAGCUACUCCGAGUGAAAAGCAACUGGUUUUCACAGAGAUUUUAGGCGCAGCUUAUAGUUUGAUGACUGAUGUUUUUGGAAAUUAUGUUAUUCAGAAAUUCUUUGAAUUUGGCACCCAAGAACAAAAACAGGCACUGGCGCAAAAAGUGAAAGGUCAUGUUUUGCCUCUCGCAUUGCAGAUGUAUGGAUGUAGAGUUAUACAAAAAGCUCUUGAGUCUAUACCACCUGAACAGCAGAAGGAGAUUGUCAAAGAACUCGAUGGACAUGUUUUGAAGUGUGUAAAAGAUCAAAAUGGCAACCAUGUCGUCCAAAAAUGCAUUGAAUGUGUUGAUCCUAUAGCUUUACAGUUUAUUAUUAACGCUUUUCAAGGACAAGUUUAUACUUUAUCUACACACCCAUAUGGUUGUCGAGUAAUUCAGCGCAUUUUAGAGCAUUGCACUCCUGAGCAAACAUCACCUGUUUUAGAAGAGUUGCACCAACACACUGAACAGCUGGUCCAGGACCAAUACGGCAAUUACGUUGUCCAGCAUGUACUUGAACAUGGCUGUCAAGAAGAUAAAAGCAAGAUUGUAAAUGUAGUUAGAGGAAAAGUCUUAAGCUUGUCUCAGCACAAGUUUGCUAGCAAUGUUGUGGAGAAAUGUGUGACUCAUGCUACACGUUCUGAACGAGGAUAUCUCAUUGAAGAAGUCUGCACCUUUAAUGAUGGGCCCCACAGUGCCUUAUAUGCUAUGAUGAAGGACCAGUAUGCCAAUUAUGUGGUGCAACGAAUGAUUGAAGUAUCUGAGCCCCCUCAACGUAAGCUGUUGCUGCACAAGAUCCGUCCUCAUAUCACAUCGCUGCGUAAAUAUACCUAUGGCAAGCACAUUCUUGCAAAGCUAGAGAAAUAUUUGAUGAAAAAUAAUGAGCUAGGUCCCAUUGGUGCACCAUCCAAUGGGAACAUUUAAAAGCUAAUCUUUAAAAGGUCCGGAGUGCAUGCAGAAAUAAUAUACACAAAAUUGCAAAAUUUGCUAAGGUAAAAAUUAUUUCGUGCUUUAUUUUUAUUAGGUACAGACUUGUAAUGGGUUAGGCCAAUUUUAUUACUUGACUACCAAAUGUAAAAUACAUUUAACUUAUUGUUUUCAAAUUAUUUAUUUUCGACUUAAUAUGGUUGUUGUAUAUAAGAUGUUAACGGCACUCCGGCUAAAACAGAAAAAAUAAUCAAUUAUGUAUGUAAGGAUCUUACAAUUGAUUUUAAUUUUUUUUUCCCAACUUACCUAAAAACUUGAGUGUUGUUUUGAUAUAGUUUUUAAUGGGUACACCUAGCCCAGUAGUUGAUAUUGUACAGGAUGUAUUUACAGUGCAUCUGAGCAUGCAUGGGUCAUAAAUUUUUUUUUUUGUAGAUUUUUCUCAACUUAAUAGUGCUGUUGUGGUUGUCGUGUGUAGUUUUAUAUCCUUUAAUACAUAUUUAAUAGUAGUUUUUACCUAAAUUAGUGUACUUCAAUUGAAAAAAAAACUUUUAACUGUUCUAAGCAUAGUGUAUCUAUUUAUGGUUAUAAUAAUUGUUAAACGCCAAUUGCCAUCAAACAUAAAAUGCUUGGUUUUAAAGUUUAUAUUUUAAGGAAAAAAAUAGCAAGCAUUAUCGUUGUUUGGCUUAAAAAUCACUGCGAGCAAAGUGAUUUUUUUCCUCCUUUCUUCACAGCUACUAUAUUAUUUAAAUUUAUGUUCUUCCAUCUGUGUUUUUCCUCAAGAACUAGCCUUAAGAAGUUCCUCAAUAUGAGGUUGUAUAUCAGAACAGCAAUGGUUUUUUUAAAGCUAGGUAUACCCAAUUGUGUAUAGUGUAAAAUGUGUGAAAAUAAAAAUUUUGUAACAUUUCGGUGCUACAGAUGUAAUUUUUAAAUGCUAAUUUUUGAUAACGUCCUGUACAGUCAGCUGUGUAAAAGUGUAACUAACUCUUCAUAUGUUUUAGAUGAACAGGUGGACAUAUGCAGCACGCUCUUCGCUGUUAGAUAUCAUAUUAUAAAUAAUUCAUGAUGGAUAUCUUUUCUUUCUUUUAAACCUUAAUAUUAAUUUUGUAUAUUAAUUAUUCAUUGGUUUGUGUAGCUGUUUUUUCCCGUUAAAGUAACAAAAAAAUCCCUUGUUUGUUUUUGUAACUUUUUUUUAACCUUUAAUAUUUUGAUUUAUAUAACAAUGCUGUUAGUACACCUGUUCUACACUGCAUUAAAUUCAUUACCAGGCAAGAAUUGCCGAGUUCAAAAUAUGUGUUGAAAUUUGUUAUUAAUUUAGAGUGCUAGUUUUAAUUUUUCCUUUUGUCUUGUUUGACAUUUAUGUAUUUUUCCUUCUUUUUUUCACGUAUGACAUGUCAGUAAAGUUGGGGAUAAUGAUUACUAGCUAUUUAAUGAAAUGCUGGAGUUCAAGAUCCCAUUUUAUAUGCAUCACUGAUGCCUUAAAAAGGGACAAAAUAGCAUUUUGACUAUUUUGGAUACAAAUGCUCUAGAAUUAAAGCAUUCAAAUGGACUUAAUCAAUUACACUGCUUAUUAUAUCUAAUUUCUUUAAUGUUAAACAGUGUUAUUUAUCUAAUACAGCCUUGUUUGUUGUUAAUUUUAUUUGGCAGUGUGUGUAAUGGCAUUUCCAUGCAUAUUUUUUUCAUUCAACGAAACUUAAGACAAGCGUAACUGGGCCAUCAAUUUUAGCCCUGUUAUAAAAAAAAUGUUCUAGUUUUUCUGUGUAUUAAAUGCUUAGAUUUUUUGGUGAGUGUAGUUUUUUUUUUAAUUGCUAAAGUUAUAAAAUACUGUCUUGUGUACUCAGCUUGUGAUGGAUAUGGUAAUUUGUGUAUUCUUCCUUGGGAAUAAUGUCUGCAUAUUUGAGAUGUGUUGUGGUUAACUUCAGUAUUGUUUAGCUUUCUUGUAACAAUAUAUAUACAUAUAUACAUAUUACUAUAUAUAACUUGGCUACCUUAGCAGCAGUGUUGAGGUAGCUUGUUUUUUUGUAAAACUUGUGAAACAUUUUUGUAUUCAAUUUUUAUUGUAAUUAGCUCAUUGUAGAAAUUGUAUGUGCAUGUAGAGUGUUUUAGAGAGCUAUUGCUGUUGUAGAUUUGGAUUUUGUAUAUUUCUGCUCAUUGGCCAUUUAAAAAAGCCCUUUACAACUGUACAGAGGAAGGGUGGGAGGUAUUCCUUAGCUUUUUAAUUAUGUUAAUCGUGAAUACAACAAUUUUUAAGUGUGUGUCCUGUCAAAGUCUCAAUUCCUCACAAAAGAUAAACAAAAUACUUAAUAGCUCUCCAGUCACACAAUUCAUUAGAAGACAUUAAGGAGGCUGAGCACAUUUAAAAUGACAUUUUUUAAAUAAAAAAAAAAUUGGAACUUAACAUGUAGUUAAGAAUACAAAAUAUUGUUUGAUUUGAUUUUUUACGCAUUUAAGUAUUAGAAUAAACUUUAAGCCAAAUAUAAUAAGAUUUUUAAUCUGAAAAAAAAAAUUUUUUUUCUUUCAUCUGUAACUUUUUAAUUUGAACUAUUAAUAUUUCUUUAUUUGAUACAAAAAAUGUUUUCUUUAUUCAUUUUAAAUAAUUAUUUUUAGUGAAAAAAUGUGAAUUGCAAUAAAAAAUGAACUGGGCAAUAAAAAAAAAAUGAAAAAUCUUUAAACAUUAUUAUUUUAGUGGUUUUGAACAAUGUGCUGAAAUUUAAUAGUCAUUUUAUUUCACGAUGUGACUAAUAUCUGAAGAAUUUAAGGAAUUAAUGUGUAUUUCUAUUUUAAAUUAUGUGCUGAAAAUGAGUCAAAAUUUAUUUAUUUUUUAAAAAUGGACAACUCUAAACGUGCUCAGAUCCCUUAGGUUUUGUUACACAGUUUCAUGAUUAUAAGCAUAAGGUCAACCCACCAGUCGAUUGUAACGAAUUCUAUUGUAAAUUCUAAGAUAUUAAAGGGUCCGAGUGAAUGCAUUAAGGAUGUUUUUCUUUUUAAUUUUUGUUUUUUUGUAAAUAUCAUCUAAAUAGACAAAGUUCAUGCAAUACAAUAUUUGUACAGUGUAAUUUUAUUUUGUUAAUUUACCAUGUGGGACAUGCAUUUGGUUGUUUCAGAUGUAUUAUUUAGUGCGAUGAAACAUUUACAAGGAGCCAGAUGGGGCAACCAGAGUUGUGUACAUAAAUUUUUAAUUUCAUAACACCAUGUUCCUUAUUUAUUAAAAUAAUCAUGUUAAUUUUGUCGAUCAUAUUAAAUUAUCCAUGUAAAGUUUUGUAAUAUCCUAUUUUAUUUUAUCCAAAUAAAUUUUUAAGGAAUUUGUAUGUACAUAUAAAAAAAAAAUAAGAGAAAUCAAUAUAUUGUGAUCUUACAAGAGGGUUGUUGCAAGUUCUGCACAAAAUUUCUGUAAAUUUUUUAUAUUUUUAUGAGCGUAGAUUCAUUUAAGUGCAUUAGCUUUCUUUUCUGUUUUGUACAAUGUCGCGUCGUCGGAAAAGAAACUUGUAAAUAAGUUUAAAAAAGACAAGUUUAAAUAACCAUUGAAAUCAUUAAUUGUACAUGUUCAUUUUUUUUAAAAAAUGUAAAAUAAAAAAUAAAUGAUUUCAAAUUUUUUUUGGGCCUUAAAUUUUUUACCAAUAUGGAGUUUCACAUGCUCAUUUUUGCCGAAUGUUAAAUGUAGUAUGGUCCAAA